AUGUCUGGCCGCCCUUCAGGAUCUGGUCGAAGCUCGGCCACCCCGGCGGGCUCUCGACCUGGAUCUCGUGCCGACUCCCAGGUUGGAUCACCUGCACGAAUUCCCAGCAAGCAAACUGGAUUUGCCAAGGGCACAGGAGUCGACCCUGCCCGCGAUAGACCGCAGUUGACACCCGCUCAGCUUCUUGGCAGGCGAGUUGACUUGCCAGCUGAUGCAUACAAGGUGGAUGGCACCAAGGCAACUCGAUUUGCAGCUCGUCCCGGUUUCAAUACCGACGGAAAAGGUAUCAAGGUUCAACUGAACCUGUUCCCCGUCACAAGCUGGAAAGAUAAGGAGAUCUACCAGUAUGACAUCAUCGUGUCCCCAAACCCAAGGGACUCCAAUGCUUUAGUCAAGAAGGUCUGGAACACGAAGACUGUGACAGAGGAAUUGGCAAAGAAGGGCGGAAUGUGGCUUUAUGAUGGCUCCAAGCUCGCCUGGUCUUCUGAGAAAAUUGACCGCAAUGAAGCACGCUUCACUGUUGAUCUUGACUCUCUAAAAGAGAAGGCCGAGCACGAGGACAUCGCCAAGAAGGUUGGUAAAACGAGUGUUUAUAGCUUGACAAUUAGGCAAACAACAACCAUCCACCUAUCGUAUCUAAGGACGUAUCUCGAGGGAAAGAUUUCCUGGGAUACACAUGUUCUAGAAUGCAUGAACUUUUUCGACCACUGUCUCCGCCAGUUUCCUUCGGAACAGUGGGUCACUAUUAAGCGAAACUUCUACGACCCUAUGUUUCCAGUUGGGGGUCUUUCAGGCGACCUGGUGGUAAACCAGGGCAUCUACUGUGCACCUCGCCUCAGCGAGUCGAUCAACAGGGGUGGAACUGGACUUGCUAUCAACGUUGACAGAUGCCAGACGGCUUUCUGGCCCGUUGACAGUAUCGACCAGUUGGCUAUUCGCCUACUGAAUGGACACAAGGAUGAUUGGUCAACCUGGGAUGAACACAAGAUGGCGUACAAUUUAAGACCCAAGGAGGAGGUUGACAAGAAGACCGGUUUGGUCAAAAUUGUCCCUUCUGAGGCAUUUUCUUUCCUCCGACGACUUGCAAAACUCAAGUUUACUGUGAAUCACCGAGGAAAGAUUGGAAGGCCCAAGAUCUACACAAUCAAGAAUAUUACGUUCGAUCCAAAAUUUGGCACCGAUGGUGCCAAUUCCCAUAGGAUGACCUUCACGAAGGUGGGAGAGAAUGGAGAGACGAAGACAGUAACUGUCUAUGAUCACUAUAUGGAUCGCUGGGGUAUCCGACUCCGAUGGUCGAAGCUUCCUCUCAUCGAGUCUACGAAUGGCAACUUAUUCCCAUGGGAAUUGUGCAAUUCCGUUAAAGAUCAGCGCUACACGUUCAAGCUGAAUCCACAGCAGACGAGUGACAUGAUCAAGGCAGCCGCCACCCGCCCAACAAAGCGCCGCGAGGACAUAUUCGAGGGAAUCACGCACUUGAAGUGGUCUGAAGAUCCUUAUUUGAAGGCCUUUGGGAUUCAAAUAAGCCCCGCAAUGGCCGUCACAGAUGCUCGGCUCCUUCCAAAUCCCGAGGUUGCUUUUGCCAACCAAAAAAUCAACCCGGGUGUAAGUGGUCGGUGGGAUCUGCGUGGGAAAAAGUUCCUCGAGCCGAAUCGUGUGCACCUCCAGUCCUGGGCUGUAGUGUGCUGCGGGGAGAAGACAAUCAGGCCAGAGGAAGUGGAGAAUUUCGCCAGGCUAUUCUCCCAGACGUACCGAGGCCACGGGGGCAUUAUCGUAAGGCCUGCAAAAUGCAUGACCAUCGGGUUUGGAGAUGGAGAUUACUCCAAGAUCUGUGAGCAGGCGUACAAUGACCUGCAGAGAGCCAACCCAGGUGUUGAGCCUCAAAUGAUAUUCUUCAUCCUCCCGACCAAGAACCAGCUCGUUUACGAGCGUGUGAAGAAGAAUAUGGAUUGUCGAUACAAUCUCGUCUCUCAGUGCGUUCAAGCCGGACAUGCAAGGAAAGCUCAAGGACAGUACUUGAGCAACGUUGCGAUGAAAGUAAACAGCAAACUUGGCGGAGUCACAUGCAAAGUUCCGAACGUAUCCAAGCCCGCUAAUCCACCUUUUUGGACCAAGCCUACGAUGAUGAUUGGUGUUGAUGUCUCACACGCUGCGCCGGGCAGCAGUCAACCAUCUAUGGCGGCAUUGACCAUGUCGAUGGACAAGCAUGCUACGAGAUUCGCUGCAGCUUGCCAGACAAACGGUUGGCGGACUGAAACCAUUGUCCCAGAGGUAAUGGAAGAGAUGAUCAUUAAGCUUGCAAAGAACUGGGUUCGAAUGAAUAAUACCUCACCUCAACACAUUUACUAUCUCCGAGAUGGUGUGUCUGAAGGUCAAUUCCAAGAUAUACUCACGAAAGAGGUGGAUGUCAUGCGACGAGUAUUCCAGAAUCUAAACUACGGAACACCUCGAUUCACCGUCAUUAUCGCUACAAAGCGCCAUCAUGUUCGCUUUUUCCCAAAGCCUAACGAUAAAAUAACUGGUGAUCGUAAUGGCAAUCCACUUCCGGGUACGUUGGUGGAGAAAGAUGUAACGCAUCCGCAACAUUUCGACUUCUACCUUUGUUCGCAUGUAGCCAUCCAAGGAACUGCGCGCCCUGUUCACUAUCAGGUCAUUCUCGACGAGGCCGGCGUCAAACCAAACGAGCUCAUGAGAAUGAUAUACCAGCAGUGCUACCAGUACUGCCGCUCAACCACGCCGGUAUCGCUGCAUCCUGCAGUUUACUAUGCGCAUCUAGCGUCCAACCGUGCUAGAUCUCACGAAGCCGUACCAGCGGACAAGAUGGUUAUGGCUUAUGGAAAGUCGGGCUUCCCAUAUGCCAAGAGCGACGCAGAAAUCUACGACGACCAGAAAGCCGAGGUCGCACCGCCUAAGUUGUUGACGAUGGCUAAUACUCGAUGGAAAAUCGAUAGAAUUACUUUCAUGAAUACCACAAUGUGGUAUGUCUGAGGUUCAUCAAGAAGCCUAGCCGCUUAGGAUGAGAGCUCCAAGGUUUCUUUCCAGGAGACGUUGUUCAUUGGUGCGUAGGCAUACCUUUCAGUACAGACGCGAAUUUCUCCCCUGUACUUUUCUUUACUUGCGUUGCCUUUACGUCUUCCAGUGCGAUGGAUUAUUUGCUCGGCAAGUCAGACGAGGGCACCGUUUCUUCAACCCUCGAGACUACGCAGUACAGUUUUCUGAGGAGGAAUAAUAGGUCUCGGAUUAUGGUUGAGACUGAAUGGAAUCGUAGCUAGAUAAUUCUUCUUAAAUUUUACUAGGAC